GGGCGCAGCUUUGAAUAGGGAAGUUUUGCAGGGGGUUACAUUUGCAGCCAGCGCCGUGUUUGCAAAUAUUGAGCCCGCUCCUGAGCAAGUGUCCGCCGCCGGCCGCGGGAGGGGAGAGCGGCCGCCUCGGGAGACGUCCUGCCUUGCUGUGCAAUUAAACUUUGCAUGAAACUUCGGGUCUUUUUUCCUCCCUAAGCUCGCCAAGGAAUUAAUUUCUAUCUAUUUGUAUAUAUAUAUAUAUAUACAAUUUUUUUUUCUUCUCUGGAGGAAGGGGGGGGGCUUGGAGACUGAGAGCAGAGGGCUGACACCCCCCGCACACACCCCUCGAGCCCCGCACACAAGAGGCAGCUGUCCGUGUCCGCGGCCGCCAGCACGGACUUUGUUGUUGCAACUUGAGACAUGGAUGUGCUCCCCAUGUGCAGCAUCUUCCAGGAACUGCAGAUUGUGCACGACACGGGCUACUUCUCGGCCUUGCCGUCCCUGGAGGAAUAUUGGCAACAGACGUGUUUGGAGCUGGAACGGUAUCUUCAAAGCGAACCUUGCUAUGUGUCUGCAUCUGAAAUCAAAUUUGAUAACCAAGAGGAUCUCUGGACCAAAAUUAUUCUGGCACGUGAGAAAAAGGAGGAAUCUGAACUGAAGACUGCAUGUGUCUCAAAGGAGGACAGCCCUACCAGUCAGAACUUAGAGACCAAUAGUUUGAACUCAGAUGUGAGCAGCGAAUCUUCAGACAGCUCUGAGGAGCUCUCGCCCACCACCAAGUUUACCUCUGACCCUAUAAGUGACGUUUUAACCAAUUCAGGAAACUUGUGUUCGUCUGUUACUUCCACUCCCCCAUCGUCUCCUGAGCUGAGCAAGGAGCCUUCUUCCCAGCUAUGGAAUUGUACGCCGGGUGAGUUGCAUUCACCGGGGAAAAUUCGUACCGGUACCGCUGGAAAGACUGCAGAAAAAGGUACACCCGCCAAUGGGGACACCUCGCCAGAUGGCAGAAGGCGUGUUCACAGGUGUCAUUUUAACGGUUGCAGGAAAGUUUACACCAAAAGUUCACAUCUGAAAGCACAUCAGCGCACUCAUACAGGGGAAAAGCCUUACAGAUGUUCAUGGGAAGGGUGUGAGUGGCGUUUCGCAAGAAGUGAUGAAUUAACCAGACACUUCAGAAAGCACACUGGUGCCAAGCCUUUUAAAUGUAGUCACUGUGACAGGUGUUUUUCCAGGUCUGACCACCUGGCCCUUCACAUGAAGAGACACCUCUGAACAGGUCAAGAGGUGAAUCCUGUGGGCUAAGAGGCGUCAAGGUUGAAGAGCCUUGAGCAGAGGGAUGCGUGUUCCAGCCAAAGCAUGCCAUUUUGCACCCUACCCAGUUGCCUCCAGGACCUCACUUCCUUGAAGGUCUUUUGAGGGCUAAUAAGUCAUGUAAGAAACGGCAUAGCAACCAUGGUGCGUGAUGUUUGGGGUUUCCUGGACUCAUACACUGGUAUCUAACUUUCUGAGUGGCUCCUAAGCCUUUGCCGUGAGCAUGUGCACUGAGAAUGUUAAUGAUUGGGCGACUGUAUGCUAUGAGGAUCUAUUGACGAUUGUAUGCUGAGGCACAUUUUUUUUCUUGUGGUUGUUUUAUAACUGUAAGAGAAAAAAAAAAAAGUCUGAAUGUCUUGUAUGUGAGGAAUAUCUUGUGAGAUGGGACGACCACCAAUCAUUUCCAAGGGAUGGGGGGAGGGCUGUCUGCACCUUUUUAGAGGGAAAACAGAGAGGGGAAAGGGGAAUUAAAAAGAGUCAGGAUGCCAGAAUGGAGAUGGGGACCUCCCCGUUCCUGUGUGAGAGGAGCUUUAGGUGUCUGGUGCAGCUAUUAAACGUGCAAUGUGUCAAGUAGCUUGUUUUACUUGCUACAGAGCUCAUUUGUAAUCCAUUGUAUAAGCUGUGUAUUUACAAAUGUAACACAACUAUAACUUUUCAUUAUAAUACAAAAGUUAUUGCAUGGUUCUGGGGAACUAUAUGCUUUUCCAUUCUUUAAUCAGGACUGCAGUUUUGAUUCCAGUUAAGAGCAGCUAAAAUACAAUUGGUCUAAUGUUACAUAAUGUAUGGAACAUGAAUAAUUUUUUCUGUUGGGUGGAUAAAACCACUAUUGGUUAGAAACUGAUUUUUCUCAUGCAGCUAAUUUUUCUCUUAUUUAUGCCUUGAGGACUAACUUCUGGUUUUCUAGCUGUUAAUGCACUGUUGACCUUAAUAAUGGUGCCUUAUGCAAGUGACCUUCUCUUGUAGGGGGUCUUAUACAGGGGUAUGGGUGAUGCAUGCUUUAUUAAGGCUCUCUUUUCACCUGGCAUUGUACUGUAUCAAAUGUAUAAUAUGAGGGAAAAAAAAGGUUACUUCCAGGGUCCUCCUUCACAAAGACAAAUAUAGAGAAAAGUCAUUCAUGUCAGUACAGUAUUUGUUUAACUUAGACAAUUUGACUGUGUUACAGUAUAAUGCAUAUGCCAAUUGAAUACCUGACCAGUUCUGCCACCUUGAGACUUUUUAUAUUGACCUUGCACAACUGUGUAUAUACACACCCCAACUGUACUUAAUAUGUUGAGUUUUCAUACAUAUUAAAGAUACAGAAGUAUUAAAAGAUGUAUUUGCUUAAAAGGCACAAGUUUCACAUCUAUAUAUCUAGCUAUCUGUUGGUCAUACAGAAAGAAACUAUAUUACUUUUUUUUUUAAAAGUGGGCAGAAGAAUAAUUGUGUAUGUAUAUUUGUGUGUACAGUCUGUGUAUGUGUGUAUAUAUAUAGAUAAUAUAUAAAUAUUUUUUUUAAAAGGAAAAAAAUUUAGAACGCAUAGCUAGAAAAUGCCACAGCCCAUCAAAAUAU